GUGCGGGCAGCAGGUUGGGUGGAGCGGUCGCUGAGGGGACCGUGGACAGCUCCGGUGUGAGCGGCAGAGUAACGCCGGAGGAGGAGAGGAGGACAUGGGGGAGGACCAGGCCCGGACCACCGACACUAACACACCGAGUUCAUGUACACACGCCGGGGAGGAGACGCGAACACACCGAGGAGCCGGACAGGCCUGACGAGCACCGGGGAGCAGCCGACGGAGUGAAGCCACCGGGGGGGCGGGGGGACGCGGUUCUGACCCAUCCCGGGGAGCAGCGGCGGAGGGACGGACAAGGAGGAGAGAAAAUUCCGCUCGACCGGAUGGACUGAGCCAGAUGAAUGAAGACUGCCUACACUAACGCCUAUCGAUGCCUGGCCAAGGACCUGGACGCUUACGCCAUGAAUACGGACAUGACAAUGGACGGCAUCGGCAGCCUCCACGGCGGGGUGGCGGUGAGCUCCGUGGCCCCUGACGCGGAGCUGAUGAGCGGCCACAGCCCGCAUCACGGCCGCGGUGGCUCGUCGGGGGGACACGGGGCGGCGGCGGCGGCUGCAGCGGCGGCGGCGUCCACCCUGCGGAUACACCAGGACCUGGCCUCCCGCUCGGCCAUGGUGUCCGGGAUGGCCACCAUCCUGGACGGCAGCGGGGAGUACCGGCCGGAGCUGUCGCUGCCGCUGCACCACGCCAUGAGCGUCCCCUGCGACACGUCCUCUCCCGGGAUGGGGAUGAGCGGCACCUACACCACGCUGACGCCGCUGCAGCCGCUGCCGCCCAUCUCCACCGUGUCCGACAAGUUCCACCAUCACCACCACCACCACCACCACCAGCGGCUCUCCGGGAACGUCAGCGGCAGCUUCACCCUGAUGCGGGACGAGCGGGGGCUCCCGGGCAUGAACAACAUCUACAGCCCGUACAAGGACCACAUGUCCGGGAUGGGUCAGAGCCUGUCCCCGGUGCUGGGCAACGGCCUGGGCUCCAUCCACAACACCCAGCAGGGGCUCCACAACUACGGCUCCACGACGCACGGCGGCCACGAUAAGAUGCUCAACUUCGACCACACCGCCUCCAUGCUGGCCCGGGGGGACCACCACCACCAGCACCGAGGCCUCGCCGGCCCCGCGGCCGGGAUGAUGCCGCACCUGAACGGGAUGCACCACCCGGGGCACGCGUCCUCGGCGGGACACCACCCGCACCCCCACCUCCAGUCUCCCACCCACGGGCCCGUCCUGGCGUCCACCCGGGAGCGGCCGCCCUCCUCCUCGGGGACGCAGGGGGGCAGCGGCUCGGGGCAGCUGGAGGAGAUCAACACCAAGGAGGUGGCGCAGCGGAUCACGGCGGAGCUGAAGAGGUACAGCAUCCCGCAGGCCAUCUUCGCCCAGCGGGUGCUGUGCCGCUCCCAGGGGACCCUGUCGGACCUGCUGAGGAACCCCAAACCCUGGAGUAAACUAAAGUCCGGCCGGGAGACCUUCAGGAGGAUGUGGAAGUGGCUGCAGGAGCCCGAGUUCCAGAGGAUGUCCGCGCUCAGACUGGCAGCCUGCAAACGGAAGGAGCAGGACACGGCGAAGGACCGCAACAACACGCCAAAGAAGUCGCGGCUGGUCUUCACCGACCUGCAGCGGCGCACCCUGCUGGCCAUCUUCAAGGAGAACAAGCGGCCGUCCAAGGAGAUGCAGAUGACCAUCUCACAGCAGCUCGGUCUCGAACUCACCACCGUCAGCAACUUCUUCAUGAACGCCCGCCGCCGGAGCCUGGACAAAUGGACAGACGACGGAGCCAGCCCCGGCGCCCAAUCGUCGGCGUCGAGCACUUGUACCAAAGCGUGAUAGUCGACGGCGAGGACGGGGAUAAAGGGACGGGGGUCGGGGUGGGUUGGUGUGGGAGGGACGGAGGUUUCGGUCGAAAGCGAGGCGGAAAACUUUUUACGAUAUUUUUGUUCGUCUGUUUUUGCUUUGGGUGACAAACUGAGAGAGGGGCUGCUCACUGCCACGACUUGUUAUAGCCGAAACCGCCUUUUGUUCAAACUCAUCGUCCGUCCACAAAGAAGCCAAAAAAAAAAGGGUCAAACUCACCUCUAAAAACUAAACCUCACUGGGGAGGGGAAACAAAACGACUUUUUGAAUCCUAGGUUUUCACUGCUACACACUAGCCCAGAUACCAAAGACUAGAAGACGACGUGUGUUUUCUAUUAUGCAAUAUAAGCUAGGAACCAACCAAACACGAAACCAAGGAAAGCUUUAUGACUGCAGAAUGUGAUGGAAGCUCUGGGACGAGAACAUUUUCUGUUAAACCCUCAAAAUGUCCAAAGACGCAUCGGUUCCGGUGCAAAAUUCUCAUUGAGAAGAAAGUUUUAGAAAUUUACAGGAAUUCAGGUCAGAUAGUGGAGGUUUUUUUAACCAAAUCAAAGACAAAUAAGAGUGUAAAGAGAAAAUCUCAGUCUGAAAGGAUAAUCUCAUUACAAAGUCUAUUAACUAGUUGGACUGAUUGAGAUUAUUUAAUCAAAAAGUACAAAAUUCUUUACCUGACUCAGUAAACUGAGGUUUGACUACGUUGCCGACAAAACUAUCAAUUUAUAUAUCUUCUAUUUGACAGCUGGAUAGAAAAAGUGUUAAUUUGACAAUACAGUCUCUGUUUUUACGUUGAAAACUAACUAAAGACCAAAAUUGAAGAGUCGGUUUCCAAAAUGUUGACCAAAGGAAAACACAUGAAGACUGAUUACUGUGUUUGUAACUAAUACCCAACUUUCUUUUGAAAAAUGGUGAAAUUUCUACCAUUUUAUUUGGACAAAACUCUUCAAUUUUAUCUAAACAUGUGGCAACAUGUGAUGAGCUUCGUAUAACUUAAAGACCAGAACUGAAGAGUUGUUUUCCAAAAUGCUCCAAAAUGAAAAGCUGAUUUCUGGAAAACUGUAACUAAAAGUGACCAACUCUCUUUCAAAAAACUAUGAACAUUUUGCACGAAACUCUGCAGUUUUACUUUAAAAAAAAAAAAAGAAACAUGAUGAUUUUCACAUAGAGACAAGAAUUGAAGAGUUGGUUUCCAAAAUGAAAAGUUGAUUUCUGGAAGCUUUAGCUGAAAAUAACCAACUCUCCUUUGGAAAAUUACAAAAUUUCUGCCAUUUGUUUUGGACGAAACUCUUCAGUUUUACUAAAAAACAGCAGCAUAUGUUGAUUUGACUCUUUAAAGGGGACAGUGAGGAUUCUUUCAGUUAGGAAAUGACAAUAUAUGCAAGCACAAACACACACCAACACACACUGACACCCACCAAGGCACAUGCAACUUCCUCAUGAUUUGAGCCGACACGUAGAAACGACGAAGCUUCCUCUGCUUACUUAGCGUUCAGUGGAGUCUUAGUGAGACAUGUGAAUAUGAAUAUGUACAAUGUAUGUGAGCACAAUCUUGAAGCACAUUUUCUUUGCAAUAGAACCGGAGCUCUCCGCCAAGCCGAGUGGUCUUCACAUCUUAGAAAAACUCAGGAUGCCAUUUUUUCUAAACAGUGGCUGAAAUCCAUUCGGCGUCUGUCGUUACACACCGUACUGUACCGAUGUCCACAGCAACACACACACACACUUUCUCCAACAAACACACUUGCUUUACAGUAACACAACUUUAAAGAGUCAUUUCCCAAAUGUUUCCCACAAUUCCCUGUUUUCUGACCGACACUGUCAGCUUGAACCAAAGCUAAGCUCCAGUUUGCCCUGGCUUCACCCACCCCAUCAUACGUGUUACCAUGGUAACUCAUCCACGAGGGCUUUCCACCAAGCAUCUUAGAGUUAAAACAGUCUUCGUUGACAAUUAGAGCAAAGAUUCUGUUUAUGCUGGUGACUGCUGGUGCUGUUUGGUGACCAUUUUUAACCACUGGAGCCAAAUCUGUGGUAAAAAGUGGAUUUAAAGAUUUGAAAGUGCAACUUGUGAUGCACAAACUCAAGAUGCACCAUCUUUACGUCUUCAAGACUGUAUCAUUGGCUUCUCCCUGUUCAGAUGGCCAUAAAAUCUUACAAUUCAUUCAACAAAGUCCUUGUUUCUCACAGUAUCCAGAGGAAAAACUGCAAUCCUUAACACAAAUAUUUGCCAAAAAAAAAGCUGUUUUCAUUGGAAUUUCCCAAAAAGUACUUGGGUUUACCCACAAUAUCAAGUCAUACAAGCAAGAGUUAGGCAUUGAAUUCAAGUUCAAAUUACAGGUUGUUGAAAAAAAUUCAACAGAAUACUGAUCUUCAAGAGCUUGUGGGCUUUCAAACCACUGGUUUAUCGAGUCCUUUCAGCCAAAAUUGUGGAAGAAGCACAAAUAUAACAAAACAAGGUUGUCUGGCACUCAAGGUCUUGGUAUGCUGUUAGAGAAAGUUACCAAAACUGUCAGAAACGCUUGAAGAACAGAAUCUUUUAGGAGAUAAGACCUACAGGAAGCUAGUUCUUAGCUUCAAAACAUGUCGGGGAUUUGUGCUUACUUUGUUAAAUUUUGAUGGCUGAGAAAGGUUGAAACAUGCUCAGACAAAUCAGAUUUUGCCUUUUUGGUGCAAAUCCAGCUGUAAAACUAAGAUGCUUUGUGGAUGCCUCACACCAUCACAGAUAUAAACCAAAUAUACCAACCAGUAACUCAAAACCACAGAGCCGUCCGAACCGGCGGAAGACGAACUGUCCAGGCGGAUCAGGGCCUUUGUAAUAGUUAAAGAGGACAAUCUAAAGACGAUGCCUGGCGAGUUCGUCUCUUCCAGAAGGUCAGCAGGCUGGAAAACAACUGGAUGUGUGUAAACGCUGCAAACAAAUCAGUUUAAUAUGGUUUUACUUUGUUGAGAUGAGCCAAUCUCCCACUUUCUUGUUGAUUGUGGAUACAUCAGCUGCAAUCCAGAUGUCCGAGCGGUAACAAAAACUCAAUGCUGGGGUUUUGUUUGCAGCGUAAGAAAGUUGGAUGUCUGGAAAAAGGGAUGUUCAGCCUCAGACAGACAGACCGAGACCACAAAAGAUUUCUCCAUCUGUCUCUGUGGUUUUGCAUUUUGCAUCCAAACAUCCAAAUCCCUCAACACCCGUUGAUUUUAACGUGAUACCGUCACAGUGUACAGCUUUUACAUGCGAUGUAAAUACUAAUGCACCCAAAAAACCUCAACCGCCAUCACCUCCAGCUCUGUUCUAGCAGCCUUCACCAUCACCUCAUCCAUCAUCUUUCACUUGAGCUAUCAAACCAAAAAAAGAAACCAAACCAAAGGAAAGGCGACAGUCAGCAGCCCCUGCUCCUUAGAAACCCCAGGCUGAGUCUCGGCCUGGUCAGAGGCAAGCCAAAGGCUUUAAGAACGAUUUAAAAUGAAAAAAAAAUGGACACUUGAGACUUUUUCUAUUUAUUGACAAAUCGAAACCAAAGAAAACCUUUUUCUGCACCUAACUGUUCCAACAAAUGGAAAAAACUUACUGAAGAUCGAAGAGAAUUAUUACCAAAAAAACAAAACAACAAAAAACAACAAAAAAAGAGUGGCGGCGACGAUGUUGAGGACGAUAACGAGGAGAUGGAGGAUCGAAGGAAGGAAGACAUCGCGGGAGUGAAGUAGUAGCUUUGUUCUGCCUGAUGUUUUGUCAGGGCAUCUUUAAGGGGAAGCAAGUUGGGGACUGAAAAAGGGUAAAAAAAAAACACACGGGAAGGAGGGAAGGAACAAAAUCGGAGGAUGCCGGCGACCAUUUUUUCUUCCCUCUGACCCUUGAAGUAAAAAAGGCAGAACAUUAAUGUGUCUCUCACGGUUGAAGAGUGUCUUUAACGUGUGCCUAUGCAGUUUUUCAAAGUAAAAAAACGGUUAAAAGAACAACAGAAACCUCAUCAGCUAACAAACCAAAGAUUCACGUCAACUCCAGUAGCAGUCCUCCUCCCCCUGUAAGGGAAAAAAACCCUCCUCUUUGGUUGACCAGCAUGUUUUGGGUUUCAAUCUAUGUUUUCUGCUAAACAUUCUGGGUUAGCAAGUCGGCUAAUCAAGCUAGUUUGUCUUUUAACUAGUAGCAUUUCCUUCAUUCUGUUAGCCUCAUUAAAAUCGACAAACUUGGCUUUGAUUUUUCCUGUAGAGACUUUCACAGCUAGAAGUCUUUUAUUUUGAUGGGUUAUUCCCAUAAGAAAUCCUUAAGUCGCCCAACACUGAUCACAUAAAACCACAAACUUCUUCUCCACACAAAUACCAAAACAUUUAAGAAUCCAUCAUAGUUUUUCCACACAGGUCAAAGUCUACCUCCAAUAAUUUCCACCAUUCUGAACCAAGAUCCAGAAAAACACCGACUGUUGCUUGAAAUACUUCCACUUUCCAUCUCUGCUUCCACCUAGUCUUAGCAUUGGAACCACAUUUUUACGUUGUCCCAACUGUUGACGAUGCUAUAUGGAGCGUACAGUGCAUACCAAAGAUUUUCUGCUGUACCAACAGUAGCACACAGUCACCUUUUCUGUCUUCCAUAACCCCAUCAGUUCAGAUCAAUCACUUUCCUUGACACUUUUAAACCCAAACCCAGUAAAAAAAAAAACAGCAAAACCGGAUAGGCUCCAGUCGUUUCAGGCUGGAUUUACCAACAUUUGAAUCGACAAUUAAAUACAAACUGGAAAACGAAGCUAACUGGAAAAAUAUGAGUUCAAGAUUUGAUAAUAUAAACUUUGAAAACAGGGUCGUGGCUACACUGAAUAUAUACAGAAUGUUGGAGAUCUUUUUUAGGGAUAAAGAUACUAAGGAACGUCAACUGGUAUUGACAGAUAAAUGCCAAAAACCAUUUCUUUGGAUAAGGAACACCCCAAAUAGAAUGUAUUUGUUGUACUGAGAAACUUCUGCAAAUUUCUACUACUGUUUGCAGUGAAAAAUUUCCUUUUAGCUCCCAGAAUGUUCUUAAAGGUAAAAAUCUAACUUUCUACAAUGCGUUCCACCGAUGACAUUCUCAAAAAGAAAGAAUGUUAUUAAUACGUAAAGAACGUUGUGUCAUCUAGAGUCUUGAUAACGCCUUAAUGUUUUCUGUGUUGCAUUGAGAACAUCGUCUAUCUGUUUUCAUUGGGGAAGAACUUUCUACAAUAUGUUCCCUCAAACCAUCUUCAGAACAUUGCAAGAAGAAUGUUCCACCUUUGUUCAUAAGUUUUGACAAGAACAUUUUCUAAAAAUCGUUUGAGGCUUCGAUAACACCUGGAAAACAUGUUUUAAUGUUGGUUUAAAGAACAUUCUUUUGUUAUUAUGGAACAUGGUAAGAACAUUCUGCAAACUUUCUCAGAACAUAUUUGUUAAUAAAUCACAUUAUAAGUAAGUUGUAUUUAAAAAAAUGUCAUCUGAUGCCUCAAAAACAUCCAAAAAACAUUUUUUGGAAUAUUGAUUCAAGAACCUUUGCUAUCAUGGAACAACAUCUCUAAACUUUAGAUCUUUACAUUACCCUUAAAGGAACGUCAUUAGAAAUGGAAAUAUCCUUAAGACGAUCUUUGAAUAUUUAAUCGGAACAUUCUUCUUAAAGAAUUUCUGGAACCUGUAGGUAACAUUAGCCAGUGUUGUAGGAACAAUGCUAAAAAACACACAAAUCUAAUCACUUUCAUUGAUUAUAGUGAAAGGGUUGUGUUCUUCCAUGAGUAUACAUGUUCAGUUUAGUCACGGGACUAAAAUCCAUCAAGAAAACAAAGGAAAGAAGUUAGCUAAGUUGAGUUUCGGCUUACGAAAUAAAGCACUGCUGGUUUGGGUGGAAAAGUUUUGAAACAUCAACAUCAAAUUUUCGAAAGUAACUUGUUUGUCGUAGCUCAUGCUGGAGCAAAAUCCCCACAAAAGGAGUGAACACGCCAACUGUCAUAGCAAAGAAAAUCCACGUUAGCUUGUUCUUUAGGGGGGAGGAGCUGCACUGCUGCUAAACAAUAAAACAUGAAACAACCAAAAAAGUCAACACCUGCUGAGAGAAACUGCUAAAAUAUCGGUCAAAUAGCUUUAUCCUUUAGUUUUCUCUCUGUCUUUCUGUGUGUAAAGCUUCUAGUCCAAAGAAAUCCUCCGCCCACCUGAUCCUGCCGUCCUGCUGGCCACGCCCAAUGGAGGGGCGUGGCUUAUGGCUCAGGGGGUGGCGGCCAUUUUCCAUUCCCACUUGCAGUUCUGUCUGGAUGUAAAAAAUAUAGGCUAAACCUGCCAAACCAAAACGUAAAAGGGUAUGAAACCAAAAAACUAACCGUCCCAAAGAGGUUUUCAUCGCUUGUUUAUUUUGAAGUACUUCAAAUUAUUUGCCAAUACUUUGUUAUUACGACCACUUUGUUCCUUCCAGGUUUUUGCAAUAUGUGAUUUCUUUUUAUUUAAUGUAAUUUAUGUUUUCUUUUUAAUUGUGAAUUAAUUUAAGUGAAGAAAUUUUGUUGCCAAAUCUCCCUCUGAACCCUUUUCCCCUUGACGAUGAUUAGCUUUGCCAAAGUUUACAUGUACGUUCCCUUUUCUUUCUGUUCGAUGCUGUAUUUAUUUAUGAGGUGUUUUAGAACACACUAGUUUUGUACUUAAUAAUAAUUUAAUGUUAUUUAAUUAGAUGUAAUUGUUUUUUGACGAAUAUUUAUGAGUAUUUAAGAAUGUUAGUUGCAUCAAAGAUGCAGUGCUUAUGCCAGGCCCGUUAAUUUAUUCUUAGUUAGCUUUACUUUAAAAAGCAAAAUGAAAUGUUGUGUUAUGAAUGUUUAGACUUAAUGACAGAACAAUGUAGGAAUGUCAGAUUAGACUCGCGUGCUUCUGAAUGUCAACACUUGCUCUCACUCUUUAGCCAAUCCAGUUUUUAUUUAUUUUUUUGUCCUGGGAAUGAUUUUUUCUUGAAUUGUUUGUGGGAAAUGAAAACAAUCUUAUGACAAAUAAUAGCCGACUGAAUGAUGAGCACUGCAUCUGUUUUCUUUUGUGAUUUUUAUGGCUAAUUUAUUUUGUUCUUUUAGUUUUCGCAUCCUGCUGACCAUUGUUGAACAAGCAAUGAAUUUCAGACUGAUGUUCUAGUGACACUUGAUCAGGUGACAUAAGGGCCACACGUUGAUAUAAACCGACUCACCAAAGAUGACUGGAAUCCUUGAGAGGCCAAUAAACUGUGUGUUUACAUCCACGCAGCUUGGACGCUGGUUACGCUGUUAUUUACGCCACGAAACGAUCACAUUUAGAUGUCCUGAAAAGUACCGUUUUCUGCCCAAGAAAGACGGAUUGCGACAUGCAGACCAAACUCUUGUUGCAUUUUAGCAUCAAGAUAAUAAUUUUACGUAGUUCACUGAAGGGUAAAGAGGACGUAGAUGGAAAGAUGGUUUAACUGAGUAUUUACUUCGCGAUCACAGAAAAACGUUCUCUUCGAGAUUCAAAAUUCAAUCCAAACCAUGAUGUGGUGUUUAGUCUGACACUACUCAACAUAAAAUCAGUUAAUUUCCAAUUUUUUUCACGUCCCUCUGUUGGUUUGGGGGCUUAUCUGGGUUACAUUAUUGAGGAUUUCAGUGUAUGACUGCGUGAAUGCAAACACACCGACUUGUUUCGCCUGUUAGGAAGGAAAACUGAGGAGUCCCUUAAAGCUAGCUGCUUCCAAGACUGACUUUGUCUGUGUGUAAAAAGAAAAAGAAAAAAAAAACCUUUCUAUUUCAAUAGUGAGAACCAGAGAGGCUACCUCACUGACUUUCCAUUUGUCCUUUUAAUCGUGUUGAUGAAACCAAAGAAACCAAAGAUUUGUUUCCUCUUCGGUACGGUCUGCGCUCAGCUCCAUGCUUUUGUGCUUUAAUGACGAAGCCACAUAUUCUACCUUUUUUUAAUUUCCCCUUUUCUCUCACUUUGUCUUUCUGCCUUUUCCCGUUUCUACCUUAGAUUCACGUCGCCUCUUCUCCUCAAAAAGAAUAAGUGUGAUGAGGGGAAGUCAUGUAGCAUCAGGCCGGAGGCAGACUUAGAUCAUCGAAAAACGGAUUUUGUUGGUUUAAUCAGUCAUGCAGAUAUUUGCCUUGAAAUUGUCAUCAUUUUUAACGACCUGUAUUCCAGAUUUUCAAACUUAGUAAUUUGUCAGAAGAAAAGCCUCAAACUUAAGAGAAAUUGAUAUGCAGAUAAAUGGACUUCUUUAAAUGACCAUUUGACACAAAAUAAGACUGUGAAUGACCAAAAACAAUAUGUUGCACUGUAAUACAGCAGCGUCAUUGGUUUUAUGGUGCUAAAAUUAAAACUAGUACAAGAACAUUAAAAAUAGUCCUUCAACUAGGUACUGCAUUGUGAAGUAAUAAGUUUUUGCAUUCUGUUUAGAUACUCACAUCCUGUUUCUUCAGCAUCAGCAAGUUCUCAGGUUUGUUUUUAAUUAGAUGGCUAGACGUUACCAACUUUGUGCUGCAAAGCAACUUUAAAGAUGCAACGUUGCUGGGAUCCUGUGUUUUAGUGGCAGGAAGCAGGGAUGUUAAUGAUUAAUGAUAAUUGUGCAUUAAUGUUUUAACCAAUUAAAAAUAUAUGGACUGAUAAACACAUGCAUUUUAGGAAAUGGGUUGUUGAUGAGCUGUAGUACCUGGUUGCACCAUUAGGGGGAGCCUCUUGUUGUGACCUGAGGCCUGAGGAGGCGGUCAUUUGGAGUAUUAGCCAGGAAUGGGGUAACAUGACAAAGACUUCUGUUGUGGUCAAUGACCUCCGACAAGGGCUCAUUUAUUCAAGACAACUUCAAGGCUACUAAGAUGACAAAUCUACGGUAGAAGGCGGUCAUGAAAGAACUGAUUAUUUGGUAGACAUUAAGAGCUAAUGGUUAAACAUCAUCUAAUCACACAUAUAUUGGCUAUACAACAUAAAGUUGAAUGACAAAUCGAUUACUGAUGACUGAAUAAUGUCGAGGGCAAGGAAAAUUUGCAUUCCUAGUAGGAAGACCAACAAACUGCUUGUGACUCCUGUAUUUGUUAUAAGUUUAUGAAGUUUAAUGCAUACAGGAAAGGUUAAUAUUAAACCAUUACCAUCUAAAAAUACACCUAGACCCCUAAUUUAUCUAUUGCAGCUCAUGGAGAACAUGUAUUUAAGCAUCAACAUGCUGUCAUGUUCACAGUGGCAAUGCUAAAAUGUUGUUGGGUAACCUUAACCAUCUUCAUUUAGCAUGAAAGCAUUUGUUAAUUAGCACUAAAGAGAAGGCACAGCAUCAGAAAUCAAAAGUCAGAGAAUCACCAGAAUGGAUUUUUCCCAUUGGUGCCGUGAAUAUCUGUUCCAGAUUUCAUUGCAAGCCAAUAUUUUCUACAAGUUUGAAUGUGGAAAGAAGUGGUGGAAAAUCAGACCUGUACUAGUAUCUCUACAGCCACAGUGUGGACUUUGCUAAAAAUCUACCAGCAAUUACUUUAAUUAACAUUACAACUAAAAACUCUUGACCCACAGGAAACCCAACAUGACACAUCCAAAAACAACUAUUCUUAUUUCAGUGCAAAACAUCUGCAUCACAGCAAAUAACAACAACCCCAACAAAUCUGAGUUGUCGAUGUUCUUCUUUGUUCUGCUCUGUGGGCCUGACUGCAUCCACGAAAAAACAAAAAACACGACCCUGAGAUAGAUGAUCUGAAAAUACUCCUCAGACCUUUAACUGAUCACACGUCUGGUUGGAAAAGCAAAACAAACUAGAGAGGAUUGUGAAGCAAAAGAGUCAGAUCAUCUGCAUACAACUUCACAUACAUUAAAAUCAAGGCCCACGACACUACAUCUAAUCAUCUCCGUAGUCAUUAAUAUUUCAUCAUAGGAGCAAUAUGCAUACAGGAGUAUAAAUGUCCAGACCUCCAUCUGUGCCAUUUGGCUUCCCUUCUCACAAGCAUUUGGCUUAAAAAUCAACCAGGGAAGCCAAACGGCAGAGGAACCAAAGGAACCAACCUCCGAAAAUCGCAUCAAUAGUUCAAUCUCCUACUUUGCUUUUCCAAACCGGGCCGCUUCAGAAACACAGAUGUAGAGAGCGCUUUCGUUGCAAAGUAUGAGAUAACCUUGGAUGAGUGCCUUGCUUGAACCAAAGCGAAGUCUAGACCUCUCUGUUGUGCUGUAAACUUCCUAUUCCUGUGAAAAAGAAAAUACCUCAGCGUCGCCGUCGUAGUGCGGCUCAUGCGCCUGAGUUUCUUUUCUGCUCUCUGGAGCUUUGCAAUGCAAUCAAUGCAAAGAAUUCCAGAGCUAAUACCAAAGGCUUCCUGUUCUCUUGUUUUUCCUUUCUCUUUUCUGAGCUGGGUUUCCACAGUUUGAUUUGGUUUUCAGUGUAGCUGCCACAACCAAAAACUGUAGAAUACCAGAAACUCAAGGUAGUCUGAACCGUAAAGAAUCAACAGAAAAAGGGGAAAAAAACGUUUGACUUCAAGGUUUUCCGUUGAUGCGGAGGAUCAAAGACACUUACAAACUUUGGUAUCUCACUAUUCAUGAGAUCACAAAAGUUGCACGUUUCUUCAACGUCACAAAAUUUCCUUACAUAACAUGCUAGCAAACCCGUUUUCUCUGUAUCGUCAAAUAGUUUUAAAAGUAAAUAGACUGUCAGGAGGAUCACGGCAUCCUUAGAAUAAAUGUCAACAGUAUUUACAGAGAGUUUCACGAGAAAACAGGAUAGUUAUUUUGAAAUUUCAUCAUAUUGAAUCCAUGAUGAACGCAUAGUCCUUUCAACUGGCUUUCUUAUGUUAGCAAACCCGUUUUCUCAGCAUUAUCAAAUAUUUCUUUCAAGUAAAUGUAGUGCCAGGACCAUUUUAGCAUUAUGAAAAUAAAUAUGAUGAAUUCUGAUGACAAUAACAUCAAUACUUCCCAAGAAUUUGUCAAAAAAAGCAAAGUGAAACUAAAAGCAUGUUAUGUUGAAUCCAUUAUGAACGCAUAAUCCUGCCAACUGGUUUUCUUAUGCUAGCAAACCCAUUUUCUCUGUAUUAUCAAAUGUCUUUCAAGUGAAUUAACUGUAUCGUGAAAAUUAAUAUAAACAGUAUUUCACAAGAGUUUCACAGGAAAACGGCAUAGUUAUUUUGAAAUUUUAUGUUGAAUCCAUGAUGAACGCAUAAUCCUGGCAAUCGGUUUUCUUGUGAUUGGGAAGUUUCUUAUCACAAGAUCUCGAGUCUUUAACCUUGAACAAACCUAUUUAUUCAGUCAGCAUUGGUGGAAAUUCAGCUCUUUCUUUCUCUGUCCUCCCUUUUCCCUCUUUUCAAAUGGUUGCAAAGCUUUAAACGACGAAAAUACAUGGAGACAAACUUGCGAGCGUUGUGCGCAGACCGUGCUCUCUUUACCAAACUGUUGCAGAUAUACCUCAUAGACACUAGUGUUAGGAUGAUGUUAUAAUAGCGUAUGUCAUAAAUUAUUCACUUGCUCUUCUUCCUUUUUUUUGGUAAACUGUAACUUUAAACCAAUGUGGGGAAAAAAGCUUUAUACAUUUUUGAGUUGUGGUUUUUUUGUGAUAGUUAAAAAGGUGCGCUAAAACCAAAAAUUGAAAAAUGCUUGUCUUCUUCUUCUAUGCUGUCUUUCUUGUUGAUGUAUUACUGUUCUCCCUCCAUCCAAUCUGCCGAGGACGGAGGGGUUCAUGAUUUAAAACUUUUCUUUCUAUUUUUUUUUAAAAUCUCUGGUUCUUUUGAAGGGGUUUUCGUCAUCCUCGUGGAUACUUUUGGGAACAAAGAAUCUGUUUCAGCCCAGAAUUAUACCGGCUACUUUGAUCUGUUUGUUUUGUAAAUUUAAUUUCAGGUUCAUUUCAAUGCAUUUUUCCUUUCCAAACUCAUUUUGGCAUCCUUCCUUUCUUGUGUUGUAAUGCUAGCAUCACAUUACAUAACCCAUACAGCAGUUCUAUAGCCCAGAUUUUAUGCAUGAGUAUAAUUAGCUAGCCGUGUAAUGCAUUGUGAUUCUUAUUAUUAACGUUAUUAUUACCAUCUUCUCAUUUCAAUCCUGACACUUUACGCUCUACACACAGAACUUUGUGUUGCAUUAGCUCGACCUUUGACCUGCUGAUGUAAAACCUGAUUGUUUGCUUCCAUUUAAAUCAGUUGCAGAGCGUGCAGCGUUAGCAUGUGGCAUUAGCACCGACAGUGAGAUAGGAUCAUGACAGUUCUGAUAGUUUACGGGUAAAUUUCUCAGCUAAUUUGGAUACUUGACCUUCCCAUGAUACUUUGGGCAGAUGAGCAAUUCUGGCCUUAUUUAAAGCAAACUCAAGCUGCGUUAGCUAGCUUAGCUUCUACACAUACCAACACUUAAACCUGAAGUCACAAAUGGUAAUGUUUGGUGGUGUAGAAAAGUCCAAACUUUUUGACAAAGAAGCCCUUCUGAGCAGGGAAGGCCAUUGUUUCAAAUUCUGGAUUUGCACUAAGAAUUUGAUCUUUUUAGCCACUAGGGGUCAGAAAGUGACAUUUAGUGCAGAAACUUGCAAUCAAAACCAAAAUAAGUCCUUGAAAUGUUUCAAGAACAACAAGAGCGAGAGAACAAACGCACUAAUGAACAAACAGAAACUAUUUGUUAGCUUGGAGUUAGCUUAUCGUCGACUCAAAAGAUGAGAUAAACUAAUGAAGAUGAUGCUAAAGUUACUUCAGUGUUUUAGCGAGACAAGAAUGUCAAACGGUAAAUAUUAAUUGUGAAUUUUAAGGUCAACAAGUUUGACCACAGCGAUUGUAUUUAUGUUUAUGCAGUGUUAGCUAAAGACAAACAGAGCACUUCCAGUUUGACUUGUCUUCCAUUCUCAGUUAGCUUUUGAACGCGAAUUCCAGAAAAAAAAACAAUGGACCAAGUAUUUAACCCCCAGAAUAAACUGUGUAACUUUACUCCCUGAAGAUAUUCCCACUUAUAGGUUUUCCUGUUGGAUAUUGAUGAAGUUGUGCCCAUAGAUUUAUAUGCUAAAUGCAUUAGCCUAAACCUGUGCUGAUUACAAUUUAGCUUUUGGACAAACUGGUUUCAUUUGUUGCUAAUAUUGUGUAAAAUCGCUAACAUUAAAUUUCUUAAAGUUUCUCAAAUACAAAAGAAAGUAAAAAAUCCAAAAGGACAAUAACUUGGACAAACAAGGUUUUGCUAACAAGCUAACAACAUAAAACUAAUUCGUUAAAACAGAAGCUCCAGUAAGAACUAAGCUCAUCUGUUUCGAUCCCAAUAUCAGCAGCAAGAAGUCAGAGGUCAAACAGGUGAAUCCAUGAUGUCAGUUUUUAAAUAAAAUCACAAUCAGUCCAUGUUUUAAGUUCCUACAGGAGCUGCGAUGGAGAAAAAUUUCAGCAGUUUAAUCCUAUAACAACAUUCGAUCAAAUUAUCCCAUCACAUAUUUCCCGCCAAAACCUCACUUUCCCCCCAAAAUGGUACUUAAGUCAUUUGAUUUUUGGUUGAAGGACAUUUUUUAUUUUUUGCCUUGUCUUCUGCUUCCUUUUUUAAAAAAUUUCCUUUCAUAGUUGUCAUACAGUAAUCAGAAUGAAUCAAAUGAUGCAUUUUUAUUUUUGACAUUUGUUUGGAACAGAAAAAGAGAAGUGACUGCAAAAACUUGUGGUGUGGAAUAAAAUGAUCAGACAUGAAGGAGAUAUUUGGAGAAUUUAUGUUGUUCCACUCUAUGUAUAAAAGAAGAAAAAAAUCAAUAAAGAAAUCACAAUGGUCUUAUCCAUGCACAA